AGGACAAUGUUCUUAUUUUUAACUGAUCAGAAAAAGUAUAAUACAUGCGGUACUUUUAGUAAUUUUCUUUAAACACAACUACUUCUGGAUUUUUUUAUUUAAGGAGGAAAGUGUCAGUGUUUAUGAAACUAUUAUCAAAAUACAUUUCGUAUUUUCACGCUACGAGAUUCAGACAAACAGGAAGUUGUCGCGGAAGAGGAAGCUCCUGCUUGAUUUUCAAAAUAAGACGCCAGAUGCCGAUUGCAACCGUCAUUACAACAGUGGUUUGGACACACUGCAGCAGCUUCCUGAGCGUUGAAGCUGAAGCUGCGUUUGCUCUGAAGUGCAGACUCACUCACACAGUGGUGCAGUAGGACCCGGAGCUGCAGCGGCAGCAGUGUAACAGGGAGGUGGCUGCAGGGAGGAGCUUCAAUAUAAGCCAAACAAGCCUCCACACCCUGCAGCCUCUGGGAAGUUCCUCUGCAUUCCUUGAAUGCACACACACUCACACACACAUAGUUCUGUCCCGAUAGAGGGAAGGCUGGGAGGGCCCGCACAGCAGGGUUGGCCAGCUUUGGAGGGAGCCUGACCGCUAACUGGAGACCAGAACUUCAUCAUCAGAACCCUGCCAGUCUCAUCAUGAUGAAGGCAGAGGAUGAUGAAGGUGGAGCUGGUGGCCGGUUGGGGUUUUUAAAGCAGCAGGACAGUGAUGGAAAACCUCUGAACAAACUGAGCUCCACCCCGGUUAAAGCAGACUGGACCAAAGCCAGCUGCCCCUGCUGCGAGUCCCAGCAGGUGGAGCCGCUGGUCCUGGUGAAGCUGGGGGACAAGGUCGGCCCGGAGACGAAGCGCUGGCUCAUCAGACUGAUAGGAGCUGCGCAAAAAGAUGGAGGUGCUGCAUUAUUGGCCCAUCCAGGCGAAGACGCACGAGGCAGCAUCAUUGUGGUGUCAGCGCCUCGUUGCACGUUACUGCGAGCCACGGAGGAGUUGGGCCUUUGUAAGGUUUACCACACCGGAGAGAUGGAGGCCUUCUCCUACAACGACAGAGACAACUUCAGAAAUUCAAACGACAUGGAGGCGUUUCUGACUCUGGCAGAGCGGGAGUACAUCGUGAAGUAUGAGCUUGAAGGGCUGCGAGCGCAGAAGGACCUGAGGAUCCCGGGUCUUCCUGAUAAAUACACGCUGCAGAAUCGGGACAACAUCUGGCAGAAGCUGUGCUCCGCCGGUGUGGUUGUAGACAUGUUUCCUCUCCACAACUCGGAAAAACUAAAGCAGCUGAAGCAAGCCUGGUACCUGGGGAACCAUCUCUCCCAGCCACUUGACUCUGUGAACGAGUAUUUUGGGAGCUCUGUGGCUUUCUACUUCAGCUUCCUCGAUUUCUACACUUGGUCUCUGCUCCCACCAGCAGUCUUGGGGUUGUCCAUCGCAUACUACUCAGGUGAGGUCCAGAAGGAGAUGGGGGAUUCGGUCUCCAAGUCUCCGUUGCCGGACAUCCAGGAUGACUCGGGCCUGGUGGUCAGCGGUCACAUGAUCCAGGCAGUGUUCAGCAUGCUCUGGUCCACGGUGGUGAUGGAGCUUUGGAAGCGCCGCAGCGCCACUCUGUCGUACCGCUGGGGGACCCUGCAGCUGGCUGAGCGCUUUGCAGAGCCCCGCCCCAGUUUCCACGGCAACCUGGGAGUCAACCCGGUGACGGGCCGCGUGGAGCCGCUCUUCUCCGAGUGGCAGAGAGACCUGCGAAUGCUGCUGGUGUCUGUCCCAGUGGUGGGGAUGUUUCUGGGGCUGGUGGUUCUAGGGAUGAUGUGUUUUUACUUUGGGGAAGCUCAAGUUAAGCAACUGCACAAAGACUGGGACUCCUACCUGUCCCAGACUUUGCUCUACAUCCCCUCAGUGCUCCACAUCGUCUACACAAACAUGCUGGGGAACGUUUACAGGACAGUGGCGCAGUCCCUCACCGAAUUUGAGAACCACAGGGAGGAGUCAGCCUACGAAAACCACCUGACAGCUAAAGUCCUGGUGUUUACCUUCUUCAACAACUUUGCAGUGCUCUUCCACAUCGCCUUCUACAAGCAGGACGUGCCUCUUCUCCGAAAGCGUCUGGCGUCUCUGCUGAUCGUGACCCAGCUGGUGAAUCAGGUAACAGAAGUGGUUAUACCUUUCCUGGUGGACAGAUUCAUUAGCGCCCCCCGGAGGAAUGAGAAAGAAGAUGACCCGCAGGAGGACAAAUUCAGAAACCAAAGAGCUUUGCCUCCGUUUCCUGGCCUGUUUGCAGAAUACAUUGAGCUCCUGGUGCAGUUUGGGUAUUUGAGCCUUUUCUCCUGCGUGUUUCCUCUGACUGCCGUCCUGCUUCUCCUCAACAACAUGACAGAGAUCCGAUCAGACGCUUAUAAGAUUUGCAAACUCUUCCGGAAACCUUUCUACGCCCCUGUGGCUGGCAUGGGCGUGUGGCAGAUUGCCUUUGAGGUCUUGAGUUUUGUCUCGGUCGUGUCCAACUGCUGGCUGCUGCUGCUGUCGCCACACAUCCAGGUGUGGGGGCAGGAGAACGGGCUGAGCGGCGGCAACCUUCUCUUGGUGGCCGUCAUAAUUGAGCACGUUCUGUUCUUGGUGAAGUUCAUCAUCGCGGUGGUGAUUCCAGAUGAACCCUACUGGAUCCGCAAGAAGAGGGAGCAUAUAGAAUAUGCCUCCAUGCAGGCCCUCAGACAGAUGACACUUGAAGUUCGAGAGUCCUAAGUUUGUUCCAAGAGGUCUCAUAACAUCCCACAAUUUUCUUGAUAGGAAAGACUUCUGCAGGUCUGAUUGGAGCUUGAGGUUUCAAGAACCCCCAAAGCCUAUAAUGUGGCUUGAUGUGCUUUUAUUGAGGUCUUAUUUCUUUAGUGAAACAGUUUUAACGUUCAUAUUUCAGCUGCAUCAGCUCCAAGUAGGUUAAACUGCCAUCUAGUGUUUGGUUGUGGGAUUACAUCCAUCUUCUAUUCCCAGAGGACACAGCCAGGAUUUGAACCAACAACUUCUAGCCUCCAAACCUUUUUAGCAUAAAAUCUUCAUCUUUACUAGUAAUGCUGAAAGUAUCUUUAGUUAAUUAACUCAUUAAUUGAGAUUUUCUUCAUUUGUUUUCAGUAUUUAUAUUACAAAAAUAGUAGUCAUUAGUGAGGGACUUUUUUUUACCUCUCAAACAUGCCCAGAAUAGUUUGUUACAGUUAAAAGCUUAAUCAAAAGUGAUGUCAGCUCUGUCAAAAUGUGACCAAGUAUUUCAGAAAACAUUGUGCUGAUUAGAACUUUUCUAUCAAAACUUACAACAGAAAUAAAAAAAAAUCUGGUUAAUUUAAGCAGCAGCGGUGCCAAUACAUAAAGAAUAUUUAUGGAACAUCUGAAAAAGCUGGCAUCAAAUUUAUUUAGCAUUUUUGAUGCAAAAAAGCUGCUAAAUUUAGAAGCUGAAUUUGUGUGGCACAAAUAUAAACUGAAUUCAGUUCCUCGUCAGCAUUUGUGACACUUGUUCAGGGGUCAAAGAGAGUCAUAUGUGAUCCGUUGACCCUUCAAUGUUUAUUUUCUUUGAUUUACUAUAACUUUUCAACCAUUAACACGAUCAACGUCAUUCCAGUAGAUUUGAAGAAGAAAAGCGGCUCCGCUUUUCUCCUUCAAAAUCUACUGGAAUGACGUUGAUCGUGUAAACGGUUGAAACCUUACGGAAUAAAUUACAUUGAUAAUCCAUACUGAUGAUUUAAAAAUUAUCUUGUAAUUUUGGUUUUCCCCUUUAGGUGCAGAAAGUUAUUUUGCAUUCACGUUGUGUUGGAAAAAUUAUCGUUUUUUUUCUCACAUAAUAUUUUCAAGUCAUUUUAUCAAUCAUUCCAACACAACAAACAGCGUUCUUCUAAGUUUGUGUUUUUCCCUGAAAUACAUCAACCAAUUGGUGCAACUGGCCCUAAAAUAGGAACAAAAACCACAGUUUUAAAAUAAAAAUUUGGAGAUUAGCUAUUAUUUUAACAACAUACUUACAUUGUUGGCUGAUUUGUUAACUACUGGGGUUUUUAUGCUAAUUUAGAGUUUAGCUUCUAUUUUUGUCUAAUUUAGUUUACUGAGGGAUUUUAUACUUUGGGGUUUAGCUAAUAAUUUAGCAACAUGCUGAUGUUUUCAGCU